CCAGUUCGGUAUUGAUUUAUUAUUAUAGAGAUUUGUGUUAAAAAUAAAUUGGUUGCUUAUAUCGUCGAUUCCAUCAGGACCAAAAAGUAGAGUGAAAAAAAGUCAUGUUUUGUUCGAGCCGAAGAGGUGGCCGUAAAAUUUCACUCCUCUAUCCUAAUGAAUUCGCCAUCUUGUAAACGAAAAAAUAGUAGUGCCCAAACAAAGUUUUUAAAGUACGUUUAUUUAAUAAAAAAAAAUCGUGUUAAAUAGUUGUUUACAUAUUAAAUAGUGUCACAACAAAAAUAUUUACCUAUAAAACAACACCUGGGUUGCGAAAAUGGAAAAAGAAAAAGAUAAAACCAGCGAAAUUAAUAAAAUACCGACGCCGCAAGAUCAUUCGAGUUUACUAGACGCAGCUAACCUUUUCGGAGCGUAUUGGCCCCGAGGAGACGCAGCAGCUAAUCUAUUCGCUGUAGCAGCCGGCGGUUUCGGUCUACCGACACAUCCCUCUUUACAAUUCGGUAUGCUACCGAAUACCCCAGCAGUUAGCCGUCCUCUAUCGUCUUCCUAUCAAUCUACGACGUCUUCGGCGGCUAUUUACACCAACACGUUAUCCGCAGUGGCUAAUCAGGCGGCUACUUUGGGUAUACCGGCCGGAAGUGCCGCUUGGUGGUCGAUGGCGUCCCAAUUAGCCGCUCAGGAUUAUCUGGCUAGAUUGCAAGCUUCCGGAUUGAACUUCGCGGGUUUGAGCGGCAGUCCCGGCGAUUUUAACUACCCCAAUUUGGGUUUACCGUCUUUGGGGGGACAGCACAAGACUUCUAAGGGCUCUUAUAAAAGCGGACACUGCGCGACGGCUUCGGAUACGGUUAAAUCGUCUAUUGGCGGUUCUCGCGGUAAUUUAAAGUCGAAUUUGACGGUGAAAUCGUCAGAAAAGCAUGCCAAGGUGAAAAGUGGUGUCGAUCAGGGUAGAAGUGUAGGGAAAAGUGUGUUGCCGAGUAGCGAAAGCCCUAAGGAGUCUUCAUCUCCUUCAAAUUUGUUGGCAAGUUCUUUCGGUGUUAAUACGAGUUUGUCUUCGGAAAGUGGCGAAGUUGAUGGAUCUAAUUAUGCUUCUUCUAAUGUACUGAGUGAUCCAAAUUCGGUUUUAAGCGGAGUUCGGUUACCACCGGACACGGAAAUCAUCAAAUAUACAUCGUCAAUAGUAGGUCCUAAAAUACCCGGCACCACCAACAGGGGUAGGAAAAAAACAAUCAGUUUAGAUCCUCCUUUUGUAAGUUUACAUCCAUCGCCUGUGGGCGGUUACAUCGAAGGUUUGUCCAAAAAAAACGGUCAAGAGAUAUCACCGCCAUCAACACCGCCUGAUACUAACGGAAGUACGAAUUACGAAACUUCCGAUACUCCCGGAGAAUCCCCUUUGAAUUUAUCAGUAAAAUCCACCGUCGACGUACUAAAUUCGACGUUUCCUUUAGCGUCUUUAACCAGUAUUUCAUCGAGCAUCGGUUCCGAUCGAAUUUCUCGUCGCAAACCCGGUCCCAAACCACGUCGUAUCAUUUCCUCCACUAACCAACUCCCCCCGUCCCCUUCCGGUAACUUAUUCUCCCAUAUUUUCUCCCCGGUGGAUUCACCCAGAUCUCCGAGUCGAAACGAAGGUUCCGAUGGGGGUAGUUCGACGUCGUCUACGUGUACCAACGCCGUAACGUCGACGCCGGUCUCGCCGGUAUUGAAUUACAGCCACAAAGAAGGUAGACCUAGAAAUUUGGGUAGGGGUAUAAGUAAACCCAAAAAAAACACGGUGGCGUCGCUUUUGGCUCAAAGUAGAGCUUUGGGUAUAAAACCCGUACCCAUUUUGGAUCCCAAUACUUCCAUAAACCAACAAAUGAACAUAUUAAAAUCGAACAUAAUGGCGGCGCAACAAUAUCUAUCGGAAACCGCCGGCGCCGACGAACAAACUCUGAAUAAACUGCUGCAGGAGAAGAUGAAAGGGACGCAAAGCGAUUCGAGCACGGUGGACGCGACUUCCGAUUCCGAUAAUUUAACCGAUUCGAAUCACACCGACUCGGAAAUGGAAAUCGAGGUGGUCGCUAAAAAGCCGAAACAUUACGACGAGAGGUUGCUGAGAAUCCCGUUGGAAAAAGGGUGGAAAAGGGAAACCGUGAUACGGGGGUUGUCGAAAAACGGUUUCCUUAAAGGGGACGUUACGUACGCGGCGCCCGAUUCGUCGAAUAAAUUCAAACAGAUGUCGGAUGUUACUCAGUAUUUAGAGUAUCAGAAGUGUCCUGAUCUUUCGAAGGAAAAUUUCACGUUCAGUUGUAAAGUUAUUAUCGGUAAUUACCUUCAACCCGUGCCCACCGAAUUACAAGUCGACGGUAACGAGUUCAUUUAUCUAACAGAAGAAGAUAUGAAUAAGAGAUUAGACGAAUUCGGUACGUCGUUGAGACCGAGUUUACCGGUAGAACAGAGAAUAGAAAUGGCUAGGAAACAACAAGCGGCAAGGGAGGCGGCCAGACAGGAUAGACAGGAAAAGGAACAUACGAAAAUGGUGCAAGAAAACAACGAAACGAUAGAAAAACAGGAACAAAUCAAAAUGGAAAAGGAUGCGAAAUAUCAUCAAACGAUCGAAGAUAAAGAAUUGAAAAGACAACACGCCGCUUUGAUAAGAGAACAGGAAAAAGAAAGAAAACGCCAACACGCCGUAUUGAUAAAGUGCUUGGAAAAUAGGAGGAAACUCGAGGCGCGCGAACGCAAAAAACAACAACUGCUCGCCGAAAAACAGGCCAACAAAGAAAAGAAACUCGAACAACGCAAACAGGAAUUGGAAAUUUUAACGGAAAUCCGGAAACCGUGCGAAGAUCUCGAACUCGAUCCGACUCAUUUGCCCGAUUACGAUCGCGUACCCGGUUUGAAAUUGUGCGGAAAAGCGUUUUCCGAUAUACUGAUGGUGUUCGAAUUUUUGCACAACUUCGGCGAAACGUUGGGCUUCGAUAUGGAAUCCCUACCGACGCUCGAUUCCCUCCAACACGCCCUAUUACCCGACAAAAACUCCUCGGAAGCCGAAGAAGAACUAUUCUCGGUGAUGACUCAUUUAUUGGUGUGCGCCAUCGAGGAUCCCGGUAUACCGCAUCCGGCGCGGUACACGACGAUGUUGGGACAGAGUUUGCGACAGGCGGAUAUGACGCCGUUGAAUAUCAGCGAAAUUUUGAGGUUAUAUUUGUACGCGAACGCGACGGCGGAAAUCAAAGCUCUCACCGGAAUACAUUUCGAAAGGGAACGCGAAAAGAGGAUAGCCGAUCAUCAUCAGAACGACGACGAGAUGUCGAUUACGCAAGUCGGAAAAAACGCCCCCUAUUACGAAUUGUUGCACAAUACGCAGACGUUCAAAUUGUCGGAUUUGUUGAAGAACAGGCCGUUCGCGAGUUUGGCGCCGACAACGAAAGCGGAAAUUUUGGCGUAUCUGUGUAACGAGUUGUUGCAGAACAAGGCGGUCAUCAGACAAAUCGAAAAUUCCUUGGAAACGGUCGCCCAACAGAAAAAAGAAAAAUGGUUGUUGGAUAUGAAGAUAAGGAAACUAACGUUGCUCCACAACAAGAAAAUCCGUUUCGAAAAUAUCGAAAAACAUCUGAAAUUUGACGAAGAUCCUCUGGUCGAUUCUCCUUCUUUAAACAAAGACGAAUUGUUGGAAGAAGAAGAAAACGAACUGAGCGAAAACGAAAGCGUCGGCACCCAACCCGAAGAGGAAGAAGAUAACAAAUUGUCGCAAGAGGAAUUGGGGAAAAAAUUGGAAAAAUUCGCGAAAACUUCGGAGAUACAUUUCAAUACGUUGAAAACGGCGAGUUUACAACUAAGGGCGAUCUGCUUCGGGCAAGAUCGCUAUUACCGAAGGUACUGGUCGCUGCCGAAGGCCGGCGGUAUAUGGGUGGAAUCGAUGGAAAGCGCCGAGCCGGAUUAUCGAUGCGUCGACGACGUCGAAUUGGGCAGCGACGGCGUCCAAGGCUCCAGCGAUUUCGACAAUUCUAGCCAAAAAGAAGAAGAGGACGAUAUCGGUAUAGACGAGGAAAUCGAUAGGAUAAUGGAGGGCGGUAGCGAAGGGGAGGAUAACGAUUCGAGAUUGAAGGACGUCGAAGAGGAAAAGGAAACGUACGAGAACGGAGAACGAAAAAAUGAAACGCCCAAAGAGACGAACGAUUCGGAAAAAAGCGAAAAUUGCGACGCGGAAACGUCGGAAAUUAACGAGGAAUUGAAUAAUACCGAGGAGGAGUACGAAAGUUUCGGCGGCAAAACGUUCAGUUUGUUCGAAAGGUUGGGGCAGUGCGUCGAACGCGAAAAUAAGACCGAAGAGGAUCUCAAGAUUGAAGUUAAGGCGGAAGUUAAGGAAGAAUUGAAAAACGAAAUACUGAACGAACUCAAAACGGAAAUGAAACACGACACCUUCACCGAAAACGAUCAAGACGACGACCACGAACCGAAAUGGUUCAGCAUCUUGAACUCCGACGCCACCACGUGCGACGAAAUCAACUUGAGCUCGGGCACCAGGUGGGAGAACGGCGUCGGACCUUGCACCAAAGACAUAAUGGAAUUGAAAAUCCCCGUUUUCCCGCCGCCGGCCACCGAUUCCAAUUAUUGCGACAGUCCGACGCCCCUACAACUCACCCCCGAGGAAAGUUUCCAAUUGGAAUACAUACGGAAACACGGCGCCAUCAAGACCAAUAGAAAACAGAACGUCCCCUCCAAAAUGAAAUACGGUUGGUGGAGGAUAACGGACGUGACUCGUCUCCGGGAGAUAUUGGACCAUCUCCAAGUUAGGGGUAUACGGGAAAGGGAAUUGAAGAGGAACAUCGUCGGUAUAAUGCAAGCGAUGUACGACAAAAAAGGCAGAUUGGUCGUCGAAGACGGUAGCGCCGAUUUGACUACGUUGAACGACGAACCGAUCGACGACGUCAAAUUUAUCGAAGACGGCGUUCCAGAACCCGACGUACCGGGCACUUGGAGCGUCGAAUUGGAACGUAAAAUCGAUUUCGUAUUAUCGGAACAAUUGGAAAAUUUGGAGGAUAAAGUCGCCAACGCUAGUAUGCAAUCGAAAGGUUGGAAAAUACAACAUGGAGAUUUCGAGGAAAUGUCCCACGAGGAAAUCAUAGCGACCAUCAAACGUCGAUUGGCCUCGUUGGAGAUGAACAUCGAGAGACGGUAUCUUAAACCGCCGUUGGGUGUCAGUAUCGGCGAUUCCCAUUUGGCGCAACUAAAUCAAGAAUCCUCCAACAUUUCGUCGUCGUCCUCUCAGACCGUCCCCGACGACAUCCCCAAAGGUUUAGCGACUUGGAGGGAAGCCGUCAACCGUAGCCUAUCGGCCGCCCAAUUAUCCAUGUGCAUAUACGCUUUGGAAUCGUCGAUAGCUUGGGAUAGGAGUAUAAUGAAAGCGAACUGCCAAUUCUGUUUGAGCGGCGAUAACGAGGACAAACUGUUACUGUGCGACGGUUGCGACAAAGGAUAUCACACGUACUGCUUCAAACCCGUCAUGGAUACUAUACCGGAAGGGGAUUGGUACUGCACCGAGUGUUUGAACAAAGCGACGGGGGAGAGGAAUUGCAUCGUUUGUAGUAAGAAGACUUCGAACACUGGUUGCAAAUUGGUGUCGUGCGAAUUGUGCCCGAGGGCGUAUCACACCGAUUGCAUACAACCGAAUCUACCGAAAAUGCCGCGCGGGAAAUGGUAUUGCUCGAAUUGCGCUUCGAGGAAACCGCAGAAGAAGCCGCAGAAAAAACCUCCCAAGUCGAUUAAGGAAACGGAAACGAACGAACAACCACCCACUAGUCCGACGCCGUCGCACAGUUCGGCGACGACUAACGAAGACGUUUCGACGUUGAACAGCUCGCAGAGCGAUACGUCGACGUCGAUCGUUAACGUCGCCGCCUCGGCGGGCGCCGAUUCGCCUUCGUCGUCGAUCAACAACAAAAAACAAGAAAAACAAAACAAAAAAUUAUCGAAAGAAUUGGCGGCGUGCAAAACGAUAUUAGAAGAUCUGGAAUGCCACGACGACGCAUGGCCGUUCCUCUUACCGGUCAACACCAAACAAUUCCCCACUUACAAGAAGAUCAUCAAGUUACCCAUGGAUCUGUCCACAAUCAAGAAAAAAUUGACGGAGCAACAGUACAGAUCGAAGGACGAGUUCUGCGCAGACGUCAGGCAGAUUUUCAACAAUUGCGAGACGUUCAACGAAGACGACAGUCCGGUGGGGAAAGCGGGACAUUCGAUGAGACAGUUCUUCGAAAUUAGAUGGAACGAAUUGCAUUUGUCGCACAGUUGAGACAAUCCGUAUAACGCCCGAGGGCGAAAGGGUUGAUAUGCGUUUUUUGUUGUUUCUAUUUUUUUUUUUUUCGAUCGCGUUUAUGAAAUCGUCUAUUUAUUUAUUUAUUUAAUCAUUUUUUUUUUCGUUUUCGUUUAUUUCUUGGGGAACGGACUAUAACUUUAUUUGGGAACGGACUAUAGCGCCUACGAUUCGGAGGAGAAUGAAGAAAAGUUACGGUUCGUUGGGAAAUAUUGCGGAAAUUGAUGCUGUGGAAAAAACUAUCGAUAAUUUACGGAAUUCUACUAAAAAUUGACAGAAUACUACAAAAAAUUUACAGAAAACUAUAAUAAAACUACAAAAAUUUACAGAUAACUACAAUAAAACUACCAAACAGUACAAAACAUUCACAGAAUAUUACAAAAAUUACCAGGAAACAAAGUUUUACAGAAAAUACAAAAAUUUGACAGAGAAUUAUAAUAAAACUAACAGAAAACUACCAAAAAAUACAAAAAUUUACAGAAAACUACUGAAAAAUAAAAAAAAUUCAAGAAAACUACAAAAAACUACCGAAAAUACAAAAAAAUCAGAAAACUACCAAAAAUACAAAAAUUUACAGAAAACUGAAAAAAACUACCAAAAAACAAAAAUUUACAGAAUACUACAAUAAAAUACAAAAAUUUACAGAAUUUUGCAAAAAACAUGCGGAGAAAACUACAAAAACUUUUAAAAAACACAAAUUUACAGAAUACUAUAAGAAAAUACAAAAAUUUACAGAAUUUUUCGAAAAACAUGCAGAUAACUACAUAAAGACUUAAAUUACAAAAAAAUUGUAUGAUACUAAUACAACUGAAAAAUUUUUGGGACAAACUAGAAAAAGAGAAGAAAAAUUAGCCGCAAAUUUUAAAGAAUAAUAACAAAAAACUACAAAAAAUUUAAUAACCUAUAAUAAUUAGAAGAUGAUCCACGAAACAACAAACAGCUGACAGGCGAUUACAAAAAACUGACAAACGACUAAAAAAAUUGCUAAAAACCGGCAAAACACUACAAAAAACGAUCAAAUCUGUCAGACCACUUCAAAAUUGACAAAGAAAUACAAAAAAAGUAUGGAAAAUCUGACGGAAAUCUGGAAAAAACGACUAAAACUGACAGACGAUUACAAAAAUGAUAAAAAGCUGACAAACGAUUACAAAGACGGUAAAAAAAACUGACAGAAUACAAUAGUAAACGAGAAAACCAGACAAAAUAAUAGAAAAAGCUGACAGACGUCUACAAGAAUGAUAAGAAAACUGACAGAAAUCUGAAACAGACAAACGACUGUAAAAAGUGACUAAAACUGACAGAUUUAUUCGAACAAUGAUGAGAAAACAGACGACUACAAAAUGGCGACUGAAACUAACAGAUUUGAAGAAAUAGAAAAAAAAUAACAGUAAACUGUAAAGAGGUUACUAAAACUGAUAGAUUGUUGUGAAAAACGAUAAAAUCUGACAGAUGACUUCGAGAAUAACUGACAGAAUACUAGAAAAAGUCCACUAAAAUCGAGAGAAAUUCAAUAAAAUUGUCAAAAACCACAGGAUAUUACAAAAAAAACGAGGAAAGUCUACAACAAUGAAAUGAAAAGGGACAAAAGACAACAAAAAACGAUACGACUCCUCCCGAUUGGGGACGAACGGACUAUAACUUCGAAAUUUACUAUAAAAUUUAUCGUAAUUGGAUAAAAAUAAAUAUUAUUAAAGUAAUCCAUACGUGAUGGUGAAAAAAAAAACGAUUUCUUCUUCUUUAUCUUAUUCCUCAUAUGUAUUUAUAUAAUUUUGUAAAAUAAUUUAUUCGCUAGGUUGUAACGAUAUUAAUUUAUGUUUCGCCCUGUAUUUCGACGUACGUGUCAAACACAAAAUAAUUUGGAACGUAAUUAAAAAAAAGGUUUCCGAAAAAAAAAACUAUUUUCGAGUAAA